AUGAUAUUGAAAUCUAGUAAGGCUACUUCAGCAAAAAAGACUGUGUUGAAAGGUGAUAACUCGAAGAAGGCCUUGAAGGUUAGAACUUCUGCCACUUUCAGAUUACCAAAGACCUUGAAAUUAUCAAGAUCUCCAAAAUACGCUAGAAAAGCUGUUCCACACUACAACAGAGCCGAUGCUUAUAAGAUUAUUGUAUCUCCAAUUGCUUCUGAAACCGCAAUGAAGAAGGUUGAAGACGGUAACAUUUUGGUUUUCCAAGUUGACUUGAAGGCUAACAAGCACCAAAUCAAGUCCGCCGUUAAGGAAUUAUAUGACGUUGAUGUUUUGUAUGUUAACACCUUGGUUAGACCAAAUGGUACCAAGAAGGCCUACAUCAGAUUAACUGCUGACCACGAUGCUUUAGAUGUUGCUAACAGAAUUGGCUACAUUUAA